CUUGCUCCUCUAAAGAAAAGCAGUUAAAGACCCAAACUAAAUCGACAAAAUCUUAGCCCUAGGUUUUUUGUAGCCGCUGUCCCCAGGUUCUCAGCGCUUCCGCUUCUUCCUCUUCCCCCUGUCCGGAACCCAGGCAGCUCAGCACGUCGUCCGCAUCCUCGCUGGCUUCUCUGUUCGUGGCUUGGAGCAGCUCGCCGUCGGGUCGCCGCUUGCCGUCGUCUCUGUUCUCGCCGUCGUCUCGCCGGUUGCCGUCCGUGUCUCCGUGGAAGUAAAACAUGUCUUAACCUGUCGAUGUCACGCAUUAAGCUGCUGCAAAACAAGAGAGAUGCGCAACUGAAGCAAAUGCGCAAGGAGAUUUCCCAAUUCUUGCAGGCUGGCCAAGAGGCAAUUGCUAGAAUAAAGGACCGAUUGAACCAGUAAACCAAUGAACCAAUAACUAGAACGGUUCGAUGACCGGUCUAGUUCUCAGAACCUUGGUGUGGAAGCAGAGCAUAACUGUAACUCAAUUUCGCUUCCGAAGAGGAUCCCUCCCAAUGAGAAGGUUCACGUGGUUUACGCCGUAUCGCCGCCGUUUGCUCUCUUUUGCGUUUUCAGAACCUGUUGUCCAUAGAGGACACUGCUUCACCGAAUUAUUGCCUUUUCGCCAAUCGCCGUUUCUCAGUCGAGCUUUGUUCAAUCGCAGUAAUGUCCCAAAAUCGGAGGAGUUUCUGAGUUUGAGUAUACCAUUGAGAUAUCGAUAUAUUCAUGCUGCAGCAUUUUCGACAUCGGUUGAGCAGGAUUAUUAUCAAGUUCUUGGCAUUUCUGAGAACGCCACUCAGGAUGAGAUAAAGAAGGCGUUUCUGUUGCUUGCUAAAAAGUACCAUCCAGAUGCAAAUAAGAAUAAUCCAUCUGCAAAGAGGAAAUUUCAAGAUAUAAGAGAAGCUUAUGAGACGUUGAGAGAUUCUAAAAAGAGGGGCCAAUAUGACAAGAUGAAGAAGCAAAGCCGUGGUUCACAGAACAUAGAAUAUGACAACGACAACGAUGAUUUUGCAGAAAGGUUUCAAAAUGCGAAAGAAAGGUUUCAAAAUGGUUUUCACCAUGAGUUUUCUUCUUCAUUUCAUACAGUAUUCUCGGAGCUAUUUGAAGAAGAAAUCACUCAUUCUUCAUCAAGUAUAGAGGUGGAGUUGUCCCUUACUUUCUCAGAAGCUGCAAGAGGGUGCACUAAACAUGUGUCAUUUGAUGCAUUCGUUCCAUGUGAUUAUUGUGAUGGGAGAGGGUAUCCACCACGUGCGAAGGCUAAAGUUUGUCCAACAUGCCGGGGCUUAGGUCGAGUAACAAUACCUCCAUUUACAUCAACAUGCAUUACCUGUAAAGGAUCAGGUCGCGUCAUUAAGGAUUUCUGUACGUCAUGUAGAGGAUCUGGGGUGGUUGAAGGGAUUAAAGAGGUUAAAGUUACAAUACCAGCAGGUGUGGAUACUGGAGAUACAAUCCAUGUGCCAGAGGCCGGGAAUGCCGUUAAAAGUGGAGCUCGACCUGGGAGUUUAUACAUCAAAAUCAAGGUCGCCGAGGAUUCAGUUUUUGCCAGGGAUGGUGCAGAUAUCUAUGUGGACUCUAAUAUUAGCUUUACGCAGGCUAUUCUUGGUGGCAAAGUUGAUGUGCCUACUCUAUCUGGGAAGAUGCAAGUAAAGAUACCCAAGGGUGUUCAACCAGGGCAGCUACUAGUAUUACGAGGAAAAGGACUACCAAGGCAUGGUUAUCUUGUACAUCAUGGGGAUCAGUAUGUGUGUUUUCGUAUUAACUUCCCCACUUAUAGGAGGAAGGGCAUUGAAAAGGGAAACGUUUUUCCAACACAACCACACAUAUUAUCCGUUCAUCAAGAACAUGGAUCAAAGAGUAUUUGCUAUUCUAAAAGCAGUAGUGCUAUUUCUUUAUGCUACAGUAAAAUUAAUGAACGACAACGUGCUAUACUUGAAGAACUAGCAGAGGAGGAAAUAAAGCAGGAAAACUGCUCAACAUUUGAAGGAAACUGAUCCAACAUGGAUAACAGGCUUUACCAGCAGCUAUGUACUGGUUGAACUUACAGGUGGAAGCAAAUUAUUGAACACUUGAACAGUCCAAAUAUUAUGGUAGAACUAUCUGUGCUGAUCUUAAUCCUCGUCCUCAUGCACAAAUUGUUGAGCUGAGAGCUUGUUCAGACAUCAUUUCCUUGGACUUGCCGAAGACAAAUCCAUGGAUUUGUUUUAUUCUUCAACCUUGUAAAGUAGAAGAUAUGAUAUAGUGAAGCAAGGAGUGGGUGCUCAGAUUACUGAAAAUAAAGUUGUAGUUGUACGAAGCUAUUUCUUGGCGCCAGUUCCUUUUUCAAUACUUACGAAAAUUUCACGAGGACCCUUCUGAUUAAUUCUUAGGCCAUCAUCAUGGUAUUCAGAACAGAGAUGAGAACAUGUUGUGCAUCAUUUUUUCUUCUCUUAUUCUUUCAAUAUCUUAAAUUUGGUGCGAUAAUCUUGUAACUAUUCCCAAGUGUUGCCUUCUUCAAUCCAUUGUUAUACUUCAAAUAAUAUAACCACAAAUUACAUUCUUUUGAUAGGC